CUCGUUCUGUUCCCGUCCACGCGACCGCACGAGCCAUUCGCCCGGGGGAGGCUGCACUGGCGUUUACAUUGAUGGCGGAUCAUCGACGCGAGAAAAAUGUAAGCUGUCACAAGGACGUAGAUGAGAAUAGAAUUAUGACCCUUACGAGCAGCCCGUGUGAGCUAGACAACAUGAGCUUGUUUCAAGACCUCAAGUUGAAAAGGAGAAAGGUCGACUCUCGAUGUAGUAGCGACGACUCCCCGGUUUCCCUCGGAUCAGCGGGUUCGCCGUUGGGGCUGCAGCCGCAGGAGGCCUCGCCUUCACCCAUAAACUUUCCUGCUCCAGGGGAGAGUGUGGCGGACACCUCGACCUCGUCGCCGGACGCGAAUAUGCCGGGCUCGCCGGGCUGCCCGGUGGUCAAGGUCAAGUCCGAGUACCUGCGCGGCAGUCCGAGCCCCGGCACUCGAGAGAGCUGCCUGCAGCGGAGCCAACAGCAGUCGGGCCCCAAGCAGCAGCAGCAGCAGCAGCAACAGCAACAGCAACAGCAACAGCAUCAGCAUCAGCAGCAACAGCUACACCAGCACCACCAGCACCACCAAGACUCGACGACGGAGAGGGCCUCACCGGACUCGGUGUUCCCGGAUCUAGCGAGUCAGAGACUCGGUCAAGCUGGCAUUGCCCUUCAGCCCGAGGACCAUCAUCAUCAUCAACAUCAUCAUCACCAACAUCAUCAUCAUCAUCAUCAGCAGCAGCAGCAGCAGCAGCAGCAGCAGCAAAGGUCCUGCACACCGGCAUCCAUGAGAUCGUCGCCACAUUCGCCUACGCAGGCGGUCUCGAGCACGCCGACGACACCGAUGCCCCAGGAGUCAUCGGUGACGAAUCGCAGUGGUGACACCCCCGACCAGAUUGGCAAUAACCUCACCUCCACCCAGUCGAAAGAAGAAUCCGGAAAUUCGGUGUUCGACGGGGGCGGAAUCAACAACAAUGGCGCCGUUAUCAACAGCAACAGCAGUCGCUCGGAGAGCAACAAUUGUACUCAGUCUUUGAUGCAUAGGAGCAGUCCAUCCUCCCAAUACAACGCGACACCCAGCUCCAAUCACCACCAUCACCAGCAACAGCAGCAGCAGCAGCAGCAGCAGCAGCAGCAGCAGCAACAGCAACAGCAGCAGCAAACGUCGCCGAGGCCAAGGGCGCCAUCGGUGCCGCCACAUCUAUUGACGCAUCAUCAGUUCUGGUCACAGGCGCCCAACGUUCAGGGCUUCGCAACCCAGAGGCUGCUCAAUGGCGUCAUUAGCAGUGCCGUCAGCUACGUGACUGGGAACAAUGGGGCUACUGGCAACGUUAAUGUCAACGUCACCGGUAAUAAUGGAACUGCUACAGUGACCAACGUGUCCUGUGCAAACACCACUAGUGGCGAGGGCAUGAAGCCGCCAGCGCAACGCGCGGCCCCGGCGCCUCCGCGACCGCCACCAACCGUCAUAAUGGGCGAGGUCGGAGGAGUCCGGACGAUGAUCUGGUCUGCGCCGGCUCUCGAACCCGUGGCACCGGUUACGGCCUCCUGGACGGCGACGGCCUCGGCGGCCUCGUGCUCCUCCAGCGAGGAGUCAGCCGCCCAGCUUCUCCUGAACCUCGGCCAGGAGUCGAGAGGCAAACCCCAGGGCGGCAGCACCUACUCAGCAGGCCCGCCCCUUAAUAUGGAGAGGCUCUGGGCGGGUGACCUAACACAGUUACCAGCCGCCCAGCAAAUUCAGGCCCUCAACCUCACCGCCUCGGGCUCGCAGCAGCAACAGCAACAGCAGCAACAACAGCAACAGCAGCAACAGCAGCAGCAGCAACAGCAGCAGCAGCAGCAGCCUUGGGCGAGGAAUGGUAGUCUCGUAAAGAGCGAGACAACCGCACACUCGCCAGGACAGAUGCAGCAGUCGCUCGUAAGCCAGACGGCGCCGACGGCAGCCCCAAUGGUCCAACAGGAGCACGAAGAGGACGAAACGCCAAUGAUAUGCAUGAUCUGCGAGGAUAAGGCCACGGGUCUGCAUUACGGUAUCAUCACCUGCGAAGGCUGCAAAGGCUUCUUCAAAAGGACAGUGCAAAACAGGCGGGUCUACACCUGCGUGGCGGAAGGUGGCUGUGAGAUCACGAAGGCUCAGAGGAACAGGUGCCAGUACUGUCGAUUUAAAAAGUGCAUUGAACAGGGUAUGGUACUCCAGGCCGUCCGGGAAGACCGAAUGCCCGGUGGUAGGAAUUCCGGUGCCGUCUACAAUCUCUACAAGGUAAAGUACAAGAAGCACAAAAAGACGAAUAAGAGCAACGCGUCCAGCGGCAUCGGGGUAAUGGGCUCGGGUGGCACGGGACACAUUGGCGGCGGUGUGAACGGCGCCGGGAAUAAAGCCAACAUGGCCACGGCGAUCCUCGACAAGCACAUGGCCGCUGCCCAACAGCAACAUCAACAGCAACAGCAACAGCAACAGCAGCAACAACAACAGCAUCAGCAGCAACAACAGCAACAACAACACUCCCAGAUGGCGGGUAGUUUCCUCCAUCAUCACAAGAUCUCCUCCGGGGAUGGCCUCAACUCGCAGCCGACGCCUAGCCAUCCGAGUCAUCCCGCGCACUCGGGCCACUUGGUUAAUGGUACCAUCCUCAAGACGGCUCUUACUAACCCCUCGGAAGUGGUGCAUUUACGACAAAGGCUAGAUAAUGCCGUCAGUAGUUCGAGAGAUCGAGCCUUUCCUUUGGACACGACCCUCGCCAUGAUUCAAACCCUCAUAGACUGCGACGAAUUCCAAGAUAUCGCUACGUUACGAAACUUGGACGAGCUGCUGGACCAUAAAUCGGACUUAAGCGAGAAGCUGUGUCAGAUAGGGGACAGCAUAGUAUACAAGCUGGUGCAAUGGACCAAGAGGUUACCGUUUUACCUUGAAUUACCAGUAGAAGUGCACACGAGGCUGCUUACGCACAAGUGGCACGAGCUCCUCGUGCUCACGACCUCGGCUUACCAGGCGAUGCACGGCCAGCACAAGGUUACGAGCUCGGGUAACGACGCCACGGGCGCAGACUUCAACCAAGAGGUUUCGAACAAUAUGUACACAUUACAAGCGUGUCUGACAAGUAUGAUGGGUCGGCCAAUAACAAUGGACCAAUUGCGACAAGAUGUUGGUCUCAUGGUUGAAAAAAUCACAUAUGUCACGCUAAUGUUCAGGAGGGUGAAACUGAGAAUGGAGGAGUACGUCUGUCUCAAAGUCAUCACAAUGCUUUCGCAAGCACGAGGUGGUACAGUGGAAUUAGAACAAAUACAAGAACGGUACAUGAGCUGUUUACGAAGUUUCGUCGAACACAGUGCUCCGCAGCAGCCAAGUCGCUUUCACGAUCUUCUCGUCAGAUUGCCCGAAGUACAAUCGGCGGCAGCUUUACUACUCGAGAGUAAAAUGUUCUACGUUCCUUUCCUAUUGAACUCAGCAAUUCAAAGAUAGUAAAUAAACAAGCUGACAAUUGAAGCUGACUACCUAUACAUAUAUACAUAUAUAAAUAAAAGAAGACAAAUUGAACAAACAAAGCGAAUGAACGAUA